UCACCCUCUUAUUUCUUUUUCAUUCUUUUGACAGCUCUUCUUGGUCUUAUUAAUCCCUUAUUUUAUCCAUAUCCUCUUUUCAAAUGCACCCUGUCCCAACCUUUUUCUGAUCUCAUGGAUUUUGACGAUACCCGUGUUUCUUCCCAACGCCUUAUCCUACCUACAGCCGCUCCUAGUACUAUUAUCCUGAGCUUCAUAUCACGCUCGUCUGCUUCCCAAUGGACUCGGGAUUUGUCUCUCCUGUUCCAGUCUACAGGCAUAAUCAGAAGUUCGAUCGUGAUGAUGCAUGCUAUCUCAAAUCAAACCCCACUUUGUUGGGACAUGUCGUCAGAACCCCAUACGAUGUCGAUGAACAUGAACUGCUGUCGGAUGUUCUGAUCCUCAGGUAUACCGAGAUCCCCGAAAACGAUCUCAUGAGCUUUACAACAACCGGCGUGCCUCCCAAAGGAUACGUUUUUGUCAGCUUUGUUGAGCCUUCGCAUGGUUGUGCUCUCAUCCAUGAAGACGACCUCGAACUCGUCGAUCGAGUCCUGGAUCUGGGGCAAACGGUAAAACGGCACCCGGAUGAUACCAUCAGCGGAACAAUCAUCAGUACAACCGCAACAUGUACUCUAGAACCUAUUGCAUUUCAACCAGUAGACCCGGUGACAGGAGAGUAUGGGCCCCUCAGAUUCACAGAAAAGCCGCUCAACAAUAUGGUGGGCUCUCAAGCGGCUGAGAAUGCCGAACUCGGUCCUCCUCUACUUUACGAUAUCUCAUUAUCAGAUCUCACCAAACACGAGGAGUUUUCCGAGGGUGACUUUAUCAUAUAUCGUCAGAAGCUGGGAGUCAUUCAGCAAGUCGAACGCGACGCGGUUUUGCUUCUUCCAAAUCUGAAGGUUACCUCCCCACUGGAUCCAUUCGCUCUCGAGCUUCCACUUUGUUCUAACCCCAAAGCUGUGGUUUCAUUACCCGAGACUGAUGCUUUGAAGUCACACGAUAUUGGGAACGGAGAAUAUCUAUGGACAUCAGAGACGGAGUUCAUCUUCCCCGGCCAAGCGACUAUCACUGAUGCAUCAAAUAUCAGCCGUGGAGACCUCCCUCCCGGAAUGCAAAGCUUGCUGGUACAGGGCUAUGUAAUGGCAACCCCUUCAAUGGAUGUACAUAUCGACUGGCUCUGCCCUAAUGUAUUUUCCGCGGAGUCCCGAUAUCAAACCCCGAAUUCCGAGGUUAUGAGGGCAUCUGCAUUGCAAGGAACCGCCGUGAAAUGCGACUUCGGCCGUCCGCUAAGCGAAAGUUCUUCAUCGUCGAGCUUUCGGUGUGACUCCCAGCUCGAGAUCGGGGAUCGAGUCCGCUUCCGCAACACAGCGAGUGCUGUAACAAAGUAUUCUCAAUUCAGGCAUAUCCCUGCGGACCAGACCUUUGGGUAUGAUCUAAACAUUUUUCGGAUUGUCUCUUCCAGAACACAAGUGGCCGUUCAAUGGCAGGAUGGAACUGUUUCUGCUGAACAAGGCACCUCGUUGCACAAGAUUGCUAGUGGUGAAGACGAACUUUGGCCUGGAAAUAUAGUCGUUCUAAAAGAUAGGGUCGAAGCCAUUGGAGGACCUCUUACACAUAAUGCGGAGCCAUUUCCACACUUCCUACGCAGCCGCAUGAGGGGGGCAUUGCGUAUACCUCAGGUUGGUAUUGUUCAGGCGGUUGACAGCCGAGAACGAAUAGCGUCUGUCCGUUGGUACGAUAAUAUGGUGGAAUUAUUUUACGGAGGGAAUGCCCUAAACCCCUACUCUUCUCUUGGGGUACUUAGCGACACUAUAACCAAUGUUUCUAUCUACGAGCUUACCACCUACGGCGGCUUGAGCAGAUUCUUGGACGACCUAGUCAUCCUGGCACCGGAGUCGGUUGAUCGGUCUGCCAUAAUCCCGUCACCCUCUGACGAACCUGUCAGAGCCGUCGGUCCUUGUCAGCUGAGCUUCCUAUCCCCAAUCACAUACCUUGAUUUGUCUGUUUACCUUCAGGCCAUGAAGUCGGCGAUGAUCAACUCGGCGUGGUUCAAAAACACGACAAGGAUAAAUACAUCCCCUACGCAUCGGCGGUAUAGCGUUCAUAAUGAAAAUACUGAUGGGAGCUCCUCGGUCAACUUUUUUGGGAAAAUAGUUGGGGUGGACACCAACGGUAUCAUCACUGUUCGUCUCCCCGGCGCCGCCAGUUGCCGUGACAUCUGUGUCCCCCUAGAGAGGAUCCUAAUGGUAAUAGAUCUGGACGAAUCUAUACCAGCUGUCCCUGUCCAGUCCUUUGAUUUUUUGACCCUUGCCGGCAUGGGUCCAUUCAGAUCCCGAGAUGAUUCAUCAACCUUCCACACAUUUGAAUAUGAGGGGGGUGAGCGUCUUGAUAAUGACAGCGCUGACGAUAAUUGGAUGACUGAAGAUGAAUCCUAUGAUUCUGCUGACUCUGAUGAACUGAUUCCUGUUCCGGAAAGGAUGGUUGAGGGUGGGGAAGUGGUUGUGACCGCGGUAUCCGAAAUCAAUCCCCCUGAAAAGCCCGAUUCACAUCAUGAAGGAGAGUCCAGCAUCGACAAUGCCGCUAAAAUAUUCGAAGAAAUCAAUAUACUCCACAUCCUCUCUUUUCCUACACCAUCGUCAUGUCCUCAGGGGUUUGUUGUGUUGGAAGACUCGCCUCCCUUGGACCAUCAUUUUUUAUCCAAGUCUACGUUGGUAUCAUCAAGACUACGAAUGAAGCGUAUUCGCAAAGAAUUUGAGGUUUUGGAGUCGUCCUUACCUCCGGGUAUAUUUGUGCGCACAUGGGAGUCGAGGAUGGACUUGUUGCGAGUGAUGAUCAUUGGACCGGAAGGCACGCCCUAUGAACAUGCCCCAUAUCUUAUUGAUUUUCACUUGAACGAAGACUUUCCGAACAGUCCCCCAUCCACAUUCUUCCACUCCUGGACUAAUGGACAGGGGGCUGUCAAUCCGAACUUGUAUGAGGAUGGCAAAAUCUGCCUCAGUAUUCUAGGAACGUGGCCGACUGAGAACCCGGAUGAGACCUGGUCACCUCUAAAAUCAACUGUGUUGCAAAUUUUAGUUUCCAUAAUGGGGCUUGUUUUGGUCAAGGCUCCAUUUUACAACGAAGCAGGCUACGAAGUUCUUGCGGUUGAAGAUAGCAGACGGGUCGAGUCUUCACAGUAUACAGAGAAGGCAUUCCUUCUAACAAGGAAAUUUAUUCAUCGGGCCUUGCAAUACCCAGUUGCGGGCCUGGAAGACGUUUUGAAUUGGUACUAUGUCCCUGAUCCGAGUCCGGAGCGCCCACAACUACUACGCAGAGCCAUCAUUGAAGCGCUCGGUAUGAUUGAGCAUCAUAACCGCACGUCUCAUGGACAAAAUGACCAAGAUAAGGCAUCAGUGUUCUUUUCGCGUCUCAGUUUAGGUGCAGUGGUCAUGCUCAGAAAACAUGUCACCGCUCUUGAAAGGCUCGAGUUGGACCUCAUGGCACAGAAACAUUCCUGAGUUCCUGGUGUCAGUUAAAACCAUUCCAUUGUUGCAUAUUUCUGUUCUGCCCGGGCUUCUAUCUUUAGCUUUCCAUUCAUUCUUAGACUCCCAAGCCUAGGAACGUUCUUCGAUAUCGCUUUCUUUGUUUUCUUGAACAUACAUAGUCCAUUCGCUUGAAACGGAAGAACGAGUAGAACAGAGAUAAUGAAUACAUUUGCAGUAGAAACUUUCAAUGGUUCUAGGCCUAGUAGAUGCAAGGAAGGUCUGUCUACCUUUAUCUAGAUGGAUUGAUCUAUCACUGUAUCUUUGCAACUAGAGCGCGAACUCUCAAGUUUAACCACAAACAACAAAAUAAAAAAAAAACAUGUCCUUAUUGAAUUGAGGACUCAGUAGUCUAUUUUGCAUCACCCCCGUCAUCAAAGCUGGC